CAAUAUCCACUGCUACCUAGCACGUCACUAUCCCGUCUCUCUCUCUCUUCCUCUGCAAAACAAAACUAUAUUGAAAUUUAGGGUCCGACGACAACUGUUCUCUCCCUUGAUCUCAUCUCUAUAAUCUCUCUUUCUCUCUCACACACAAGCACACACCAAUGGCCGCCGCAUCGUCUCCACGCGAUGAGAACGUUUACAUGGCAAAACUUGCGGAACAAGCAGAACGCUACGAAGAAAUGGUUGAAUUCAUGGAAAAAGUCGUCGCCGCCGCUGACGGCGGAGAGGAACUAACCAUCGAAGAGCGAAAUCUCCUAUCCGUCGCCUACAAGAACGUCAUCGGAGCACGGAGGGCCUCAUGGCGCAUCAUCUCCUCGAUCGAGCAGAAAGAAGAGAGCCGAGGCAACGAAGGACACGUGUCUACGAUCCGUGACUACAGAUCUAAGAUCGAGACGGAGUUGUCGUCGAUUUGCGACGGUAUUCUCAAGCUUCUCGAUUCGAAACUUAUCGGAUCCGCAUCUAAUGGUGAUUCGAAGGUCUUUUAUCUGAAGAUGAAAGGCGAUUACUAUCGGUAUUUGGCUGAAUUUAAGACCGGAUCUGAGAGGAAGGAAGCUGCCGAGAACACUCUCUCCGCUUACAAGGCGGCUCAGGAUAUUGCAAAUGGAGAACUAGCUCCCACUCACCCAAUCCGACUAGGGUUGGCACUCAACUUCUCUGUGUUUUAUUAUGAGAUCCUGAAUUCACCGGAUCGUGCGUGUAAUCUUGCAAAACAGGCUUUUGAUGAAGCAAUUGCUGAAUUGGAUACUUUGGGAGAGGACUCUUACAAGGACAGCACUCUUAUUAUGCAGCUUCUUCGUGAUAACCUCACUUUGUGGACUUCUGAUAUGCAGGAUGACAGUGCUGAGGAAAUUAAAGAAGCACCAAAGGCCGAUGAGUAGUGAAAGACCAUUCUACCCCUGUCUGUUUAUGCUUGUUCGUAAUUGUUUUUUUUUUUUUGUCUAUUGAAAAAUUGCUACUUUUUUAGUCGUAGAGUUUCUUCUUUUAUGUUUAGUUGUGAUUUCCAUCUUUCCAACACUUUUCACAGUUUCUAAAUAUUAUUAAUUAACGUCUGGUUGUUAAUUUCUUAUUUUAA